AUGCAUUUCACCAAGCCAGAAUGGGUUAUGCACAAGGACUCCGCCAAAUCUGACCAGCACACCAAACGACUAUCGAUAUUCUCUGUUCAUGUGCAUCCAGAUGGAUCACGGAUUGCCACGGGCGGGCUCGACGCGAAGAUUCGGAUAUGGAGCACAAAACCGAUACUCAACCCAGCCUCUGAGCUGUCAGGCAAGCCGCCAAAGUCACUGUGCACUCUUACAAUGCACACCGGACCAGUUCUGACUGUGAGAUGGGCGCAUUCGGGGAGGUGGUUGGCUAGUGGGAGUGAUGAUGAGACAGUUAUGGUUUGGGACCACGAUCCAAACGCUCGAGGAAAGGUCUGGGGAACUGACGACGUCAAUGUUGAAGGUUGGAAACCUCUGAAACGAUUGCAAGGCCAUGAAAGUGACGUAACCGACGUGGCAUGGUCACCAACCGACCGAUACCUCGCAUCAGUGGGACUGGACUCCGCUGUAAUUAUAUGGUGUGGAUACACACUAGAACGUCUACGCAAACUUGACCAGCACCAAGGCUUUGUAAAAGGAGUUUGCUGGGACCCUGUUGGAGAAUUCAUGGCCACUCAGUCGGAUGAUAGAACCGUCAAGAUAUGGAAAACUACAGAUUGGUCAUUAGAAGCUGAAGUCAGAAAGCCAUUCGAGGAUUCACCUGGCAGCACAUUCUUCCGUCGGCUAAGCUGGUCUCCAGACGGUGCUCACAUCACAGCGUCUAACGCGACAAAUAACAAAGGAUAUGUAUUCAUUGCCGCAGUAAUUACUCGGAACACAUGGACAUCAGAAAUUAGUUUGGUCGGACACGAAAAUACUGUUGAAGUGGCGUGCUACAACCCCCACAUAUUUCUCCGUAAUCCUUCAGCUCCAAUCUCGACAUCCAACAUAUGCUCUGUGGUGGCUCUUGGUGCAGACGACAGGUCUGUCUCCGUUUGGCAGACAAAAUCAGCUCGGCCGCUUAUCGUGGCAAAGGAGGUGUUCGAACGGCAGAUCAUGGACCUUAGCUGGUCAUGGGAUGGAAUGACCCUCUACGCCGCAUCGUCCGAUGGUACCAUCGGUGCCUUCCAAUUUGACUCCUCCGAACUCGAAGGUAUUGCCACACACGCCGACCAGGAACAGUACCUCGCCAAAUUUGGGUUCGUCCCCCCUCCCCUUCCCGAAGGCUACUCGCACCUCUCAAAACAGGAGCCUGUCACUGCUCCCCAGGCGCACCAGGCCAACGGCUUCGUCAACAACCCGUCUCCAGAAAAAGUCAACAUACUCGUCGCGAAACGCGCGCCAAAGGACAAGAAACGCGCCACGCUCGUCUCCAGCACCGGCAUCAACGUGCCCACCAGUGGCAGCGCUAUCCCACCGGGCUCUGUCUCUGCGCCCGUCAUCAGGUCCAACGGGAGCCUUGGCGAUGGCACGCCCUCAAACCGCCCCCCAAUGUCACAAAUGCACGACGUGAAGUCAACCUCGCUGGCGCCUUCGAACUUCUCUGGAUCCUCGUUCCCCCACCCUUCGGAGCAGACGUUCGGCGAUUCAUCCAUGAGCAGCUGGGCGCGCCGUGCUGCUGAUCUAGCCCAUGCCGCGAUGGAGCUAGACGCGGCGCCUGUCGACUCUUUCCUCAACGAUCAAAGUAUCAGCAGCAUCAGUACCCUGGCGAAGGGCAAGAGGAAAGUGUCGUCAGUCGGUGACCUUGCAGAUGAUAUGAACCCGAAGGGUGUGAAGGCGCGCACGCUGGGUGGAGACCGUCCGUUGGAGGUACAUGUGCCCAAGCCAAUAGCUGCGUGGGGGACAGGCCCCGGAAGGCACCCGUACGCGAAUGCUGGCCCGGGAGCGUGGGGGAGCGGGUCCGGGAUGCAAGAGGUGUUAUUACCGAAUCCCCAGCUGCUGAGUUAUGUGAGCUCUGAGGUCGAAGGGAGUGGUGAUGUGCUAGAAGCAAAAAAUAUUGAGGAAAACGGAACUACGGAAAUUGCUCUAGUUAGUGGCAAGCAAACAGAAUGGCUAGAUUAUCUGCCAUCACCGGCGUUGCUUGUCAAAGCUACUAGCUCAUAUUGUGCAGUAGCAAUGGAGGACGGGACAAUUCAUGUCUAUUCACAUACCGGUAGACGAAUCAUGCCCACCAUCGCUCUCAGUGCCCCAUGCUCUGUAAUUGAAGGAUGUAGAAAUGCAUUACUCGUGAUGACCGUCAACGGAGAGGUUCACUCAUGGAACAUCAAAAAACAAACAGCCAACUUUCCCCCAACCUCCAUCCGCACUCUUUACGCUGCAUCCUCUUCUCCCAACUUCCGCCUCGUGUCUGCGGCGGUACGAGAGAAUGGUGCACCUAUUGCCCACUGCUCCAACGGGAUUGUAUAUUCUUACGAUCCUUCUCUUCUUACCUGGGUCAAGCUUGCUGACAAAUGGUAUGCUGAUGGAUCAGACUUCUGGCAAAGUCGCCAACGGGGCAACGCGAGCACCGCGAAUCGCGGUAUUAUGACCGCCAUUGAGGGCAGCAUAUCCAGUCCGCCGGACGAGAGUGCUGCGGAGAUCCCGAGGCCGAGCUGGUGGAGUUCUGCACUAACGCUUGCCCAUCUGGAAACGAAGCUGCAUGCAACAAGACUUCUGGAUAGCCCACAGGAAUAUAAACAGGCGCUGUUGGUCUAUGCGAAGAAGAUGGCAGAUGAAGGCUUCAGAAGUAAGGCGGAGGAACUGGUGAGGGAGCUUUUUGGGCCAGUUUAUUGGCGUCCUGGAAAAGAGGAAAAUUGGAAUCCAAGUGUCGCAGGUCUUUCCAAACGAGACCUCUUGAAGGACGUCUUAUCUGUGUUCGCUCGUAGCAAGACAUUAUCAAGUCUUGCUGCCCAAUGGCAGGAUACCCUUAAAAAGGCGACAAACGAUGAAUCAUUCACCUGA